AUGGGCUACAAAUCGCCCGCGCUCGCAGUGCUUUUCGCGCUGCUCCUCGCGACGUCGGUCGUGUCCGCGGAGGUGUCGUCAGAGCGCCUCAUCGACGAGGUCCGCGCGCUGACGAACGCGCUCAAGAGCCGCCCCAACUUCUCGCUCAUCUACCUCGCCGCAAAAUACGUGCUCAAGAAGCAAGACUCCCUCCUCGCGAAAUACGGCGCGGACGUGCUCCCGAACGCGGAGGCGAAAACCCUCCUCAUCCCCGACAACACCGCCGUACUCCGCUAUUUCAACGGCAAACUCCCCGAUACCCAAGAGGAGGUCGAAGCGCACUUAGACACGGUCCUCAUGAACGUGCUCGACGGGUCCUUCACGCUCGCGGAGCUCCGAAGCGGCUCGUCCUUCCCCACGGUUUACCAGGACCGCCGGCUGGUGCAGAUCGAUGUGGGGAAGGGGUGGCUGAAGCGCGGAACCGGGGUGGCGCUCGGGCAGGCGGGGUCGAAGCGGAGGACGUGGUCCAGGGUGAGCGACCCGGGAAUGUACAAGGGCGAUUUGUUCAUUGCUCAUGGCGUGACGAAUGUGCAGAAGCCGUAG